AUGGGAAGAGGGAUGGGGGUCUCGGGAGACAAGAGGGGGACCGUCUGGGUCGUGCGAGACGUUGUACGUGCGGGGGGAGAUGGCAGAGGGGUGGAGGGAGAGGAGCCCAAGAGGCAGCCAUCCGAUGACUGCUCGGCGCGGUCCUCGUUGUCCACCAUCACUCUUCCCUCCCACCCUCUCUCACGCCGCCCGUCCCACCCGCCUGGCGGUGCCGACGACGACCUGUGCGCUGCGGCGUCCUGCGCGGACGAGGGCCCAUGGCGCUGGGCGGGAAGGAAGGCGGGCGGGGGCAGUGGAGGAGGGCUGCCUGUUCGGGAAGGUUGUGCCAGCCACCACGACUCAUUUUUAGUGGUCGAGCCCAAUUGGGGGGCGCGCGAGGACCGCAUCGGUGACAGCCAACCCGGUCGCUUCGCUUACGGCUCCCAAUCACCCUCGCCCAAUGGCACUCGAUACUACUACACUAUCUCCUCUUCUCAAUCCCGCGGCGCGCGAGCAGCUUCAAAUCACAUCCCACAUCCCACAUCCUACAGCACACCAUGCCAGCCCGCCGUCCCCCGUCUCGACAAUUCAUCCGCGCUCUUGUCCGUCUUCCACCCGCGAGGCACACACGCCCCUCGCGCUACGAAGUUGCUACGACCACUCGGACGUGAGAUUCUUCGUGGCACCCAUUUGACCAGCUCGGUCGCCAGCGAUUCGGUACCAUGCAGCAAGCUAUUCCCCCGUAGAGAUGUCGUCCAGCAGCAACUAUCUACAGAGGUUAAACCACAUACCGCGAUAUAA